AUGGACUCGCUGGAUAGUUUGAUAAAAAAGAAAAAAGAAGAAAUAAAAGAAAUUAAAGGAAACAAAAGAUGGUUUAAACAAGCAGAUUUGGAAAAUCAAAAGAAUAAAGAGAUUAAUAACUUUUAUGAAAAAGAACUAAAAAAAAAAAAAAUUGAAGAAUAUGAAAGAUUAAAGAAAUUAAAUGAUACAUUAGAUGAAAAACAUAAAAAAAAUAAUGCGGAUGUGGAAAAUGAGGAAACAAAUAUAGAAAUAACAUUAAGUAAUAAACAAAUUAUUAUAUUACUUCGUCAAUUAAAAGAACCUAUUAGAUUAUUUGGAGAAACAGACCUACAGAGAUAUAAUAGAUUGAAGGAGUUAAAAAUAAAUAAAAAUGAAUUAAAAAUUAAUGAGCAAAACAUUUUUGGAGAUGUUUUAAGAGGAAGAUUAAAGGAAAAUGCGUUAGAUUUAAUUGAAGAUAACAUAGAAGAUGAAAUUGAAAAAGUCUCUGAUAAAAAAGAUAAGAACAAUUCAAACGUUUCAAUAAGUGAAAAGGAAAAUAAUGAAAAAGGAAAAAAAAUAGAUAAAGAAAAAAUAAUACUUGAAUGGAUAAAAAGAACUAUGAAAGAAUGGAAUGAAGAAAUUGAAAAUACUGUAGACAGUAAGAAGAAAAUAAAACAGGCCACAUAUUUACAAACACAUAAGGAUUUGAAGCCAUUAGAAAAAAAAUUAAAACAAAAAACAUUGGAAUCUGAUAUCCUUGAUAAAAUAUAUAAUAUUGUUUCUUGUUGCCAAGAAAAAAAUUUUAAAGCUGCUCAUGACGCAUAUAUGUUAUUAGCCAUCGGAAAUGCUGCAUGGCCAAUGGGAGUUACGAUGGUUGGUAUUCAUGAACGAGCAGGAAGAUCAAAAAUUUAUGCAUCAGAGGUUGCUCAUAUAUUAAAUGAUGAAACAACUAGAAAAUAUAUUCAAAUGAUUAAAAGGUUAUUAUCAUUUUGUCAAAGAAAGUAUUGCACAAACCCAUCUGAAGCCGUUAAUUUAUCUACAAUUCAUAUAUGA